AUGGAAUCCAAUAAUACAAGCAACACAACGAUCCAUUUGAUUGGGACUAGCGCGACUAUACUCAAUACAGAGAACUCGGAGUGCGGAGCCUGUUACGGUGUUGCGGCGGUCUCAGCUUGGGCUCGCAAUGUUGUCUCCGAAAGCCCCGUUAUAGUACUGCCCCUCCUGGAUCGGUACACACAGUUUGUAGAGAUGCAUCCACUUAAAUUGAGUGUGAAUACGCAUGUGUUCAACGUUCUUUUGGGGUGGGGCGUUUUCCUAUCGAAAGCUUCUCUUCUAUCGCUUGACGCUACACAGAGUGGCAUUCGAAGUUUGCAAUCAAGAAGCAUGCCGCUGCUGUUGACAAAUGCGAUUGUAUCUCCCAUAAGCUCAUGGCACGAAUAUUCAAGGGCAGUUCAUCUUGACGCGGAAACAAAACUUGCCGUCCUGUCAAUUGUGCCGGCCUCAGCGGAAUCUUCUUCGCGUGUGGAUUCAAUUUCUUCGGUCUUGGGCAUUCUCCGCUACGUUGCGAAGCUUAGUCGCGAGUCGGGUUGCAACCCGUCCACGAGCUUGUAUGACUCGUACUUGGACCGCAGCCAUGUCGCUAUGGAAGCACCGUCUUGUUGGAUUCCGGUUGUCUGGUAUUGCGAUCCAGACCCAGCUCAUUUUGAAUUUUUCUUACAAACAGUUACGGAAAGCGAAUACGCUCCUGCUGCUAUUGUGGAUACUGAGAGCAACAGUGCCGGGUUUUUAUCUCCGCGGCAAUACGGAAGCAAAGGUACCUGGGUAUUAAGUUAUAAGGCUGACCCCCAGCUUUUCACGCUUCACAGCUUCGUCCUCGAUGAAGACCGGAAAACUAUAUUGAAUUUUACAACCCAGAACGAAAACAUUUUGGAUCUUCCCGAAAAUUUCAGAGACGAGAUUUACCUGAAGCAUGUAACCGAUUUGGAAGACCUUGCUGCACAAGCCAUCGCGAAUAAUCCUAUCCUGGGAAGUAGUACAUCCAUGCCGGCCCCAGUUGAAGGAGACUUUUAUCGAUGUAUAGUUGGAGAAUGUGAAUUAGGUAAUCUAUUUUCAGACGCACUUCGCUGGUACACAGGAGCUGAUGUCGCUUUUCUCGCAGGUGAUGGUUUCCGUGGAUCGGGCUGGCCGGAGGGAUUUGUUCGGGUGUCCGACCUUUGGGAGGCUUCCCGUUUCCCGUACACGGAAUGUACUGGAACGAUGAGCGGUAUCUCCUUGUUUCAAUUGUUAAAUUAUUCGACCAGUUCGGCGUCACUGAAUGGGUUCAACAUCGACGGAGGUGAAUUUCUUCAGACUUCGGGUAUGCGUGUCACUUAUAAUCCACAGUUGUCUGGGUCUCGCCUGAUUGCUAUCGAAGUCUGGGACCAAAAUGUAGCUAGAUACGAGCCACUGGAACGGCUGCGUAUGUACCGAUUUGCCACCGAUAGUAACCUUUGCCAGAAAAAGAAUCCUUUCCCUAAUUUCCUCGGUCCGAAUUUUGCUGUAGAAGGUGAGAUUCAGGGCGCAGUGGGAGAUGAGUCGCAGCAAAACAUUGUUGGUCAAUACCUGGCGCAGCUCGAUUUACCAUACGAAGCGUCCCUUUUUAAUCGCUUGCGCAAUAAUGUGUCCUCACUGAAGACUUUGAAUCUGGUUCAAGUUGCCGAGGAAUGCCCCACUGGAACGUAUUGGAUUACUGAGAGACAAACAUGUUUUGACUGCCCGGACUCGACUCGUGUUGCUUUUUCGGAAAAAGAAUUUCAAUACCAAAUUCCUCAUAGCAUGAAUGUACCGUUGGAAAGUCGAGUCCUAUUACUAAAUGAAGCGCCCUUUGCAGUUUCUGUUGGACCAAGUUCGAUACCAUCGUGGGUUUCUUUCACGAGGUUCUACUUGAACUCAACGAUUCCGAUUGAUCCUCCGUCGAAUGGAAAAAGGGCAGUUUUGCAGUCUGGCGGGUCUCUUACAAUCGACUUUACGGUUAGAUCCCGGGGGUUGUCGUCAGGGACGGCGUUGGGUACAGUGUCUUUUGGAGUACACGUUGGAGGUGCCUAUCCCGGGUGCGACGGCCAAGAAGCGACCUUUGACAUUUUGAUUCGUGUAGCACCACCCCUGGAGCUCAAUCAGCUAGGAAAUAUCAGGUACAUCGGAUUAGGGCUGUCCGCUAUCAUCUUGUUUACGGCAGCUGGAUUUGCGCUUUGGGUUAGACGCUCUCGCGAGACGCGUAUUGUCAAGACUAUGCAACCGUUGUUCCUUGUCACAAUUUGCUGUGGUGUUUUUGUUUUGGGAGCCGUUCUCGUUCCACUCAGUAUUGACGACGAGAUAGUUUCAAACCAGGGGUGCGACAUUGCAUGCAUCUCGAUGCCGUGGCUCGCUAGUAUUGGAUUCACGGUAACGUUUUCUGCUUUGUUUUCGAAGCUGUGGCGAAUCAACAAGCUGUUUCAAUGCCAACACUUUCGCCGCACCAAAGUCGAAGAAAAGGAUGUUCUUGCACCAUUCGCCGUCCUUUUUACGCUUAAUCUUACGAUUCUCGUAUCUUGGACCGUUGUUGAUCCUCUAAAGUGGAGCCGAGCGCCCGUUAAUGGAGAGUUUUGGAACACGCAUGGCGAGUGCAGUGGUUCGAGUAAAACGACAACCACACUUUUCUUGGUUCUUAUUUGCUUGGUGAACGCCGGUGCUUUUUCCCUAGCUUGUUGGCAAGCAUACCGAGCUCGCAAAAUUAGUGAUGAAUUCAGCGAAAGCAAGAAUCUUGGCAUGGCAAUCUUCUGCUGGGCCCAGCUACUCGCUGUAGGUUGUCCCGUCCUAUUCUUGAUCAACUCUAACGACCCGGUUGCACGCUUUUUCCUUUUGGCAGUCAUUUUGUUCGCUACCUGCAUGUCCAUGCUGAUGUUUAUUUUUGUGCCCUUGACUCUACAAAGCUGGCGUGAUAAACGCGACGGUGGUCGCCGGCGAAGUUCGGUUCAGAUUUCGGGUGUCAUGUCGGCAGGAAUAUCCGGUGUGUCACUGGUGUCCAGGUCGCACAGUUUGUCAGAAAAAAAGGCAUCGUCACAGGAAACCAAAUCAUCAAAUAUGUCCGGUGUUACAGCUCCUGGCCCUUCGGCGAUUCUUUGCAACAACCGUAUUCUGAAGGACGACCUGGAAAUUGACGUCGAAGCUGUUUCCAAUCACAACUCUUUCUCUCAACGCGCCUCCGUUGGAGAUGACAAUGCCAGCAUAGAUGAAUCAGCUUGUGGGUUGGCAGACAGUGUCAUUCCAGCGGUGGUCCAAGAGGCUUCUAUCAAAAGCGACGCCAGCAAGUCUUUUGAUGUCCAAGAAUCUCUUUUGCUAUCAGAGAAAAAAUUGCGCUUUGCUCCGGGAAUGUAGUAGCUCAAAUUGUACAUUUUAUCGUCCCCCACCUAUCUUCACAUCCAAUUGAAAUUACUGUAAGUUACAGAACAAAUUUGUUAGUUGC